UAGAGCUCGCCCGCGCGCCGGCCCGUGCCGCGUCCCGAGGGAAGCAGCGCAGUGCCCGGGCCCGGAACCCGCACGCGCUUCCCCGGUGGACGGCGGCGGCGGCGCGCGCGCGCGGGCGGCGGAGGCUCGUGCGUGCGUGCCUGUCUGUGUGCGUGUGCGCUGGUGGAGUGUGUGUCUGUGUGCGUGUGAUCGAUCGCGCGGGCGCGGGGGAGCGGGGCGCCCGGCGCGGGGUGCCCCCCCAGUGCCUUCCACGCCCUGCCCGCUCCGCGCCUCCUUCCCUCCCUCCCGCAGCGGGGGGCGCGGGGCUUGCGGGACCGCUGGAGACAAAGGGGGCGCGGGGGCGAGCCCGCCAUGGCCUCCCGGAGCCUGGCGGGCCUGGGCGGGGGCCGCGGCGGCGGCGGCGGCAAGAAGAGCCUCAGCGCCCGCAACGCUGCGGUGGAGAGGAGGAACCUGAUCACCGUGUGCAGAUUUUCUGUGAAGACCUUGAUUGAUCGGUCUUGCUUUGAAACAAUUGAUGAUUCUUCUCCUGAAUUUAAUAAUUUUGCAGCUGUUCUGGAACAAAUUCUAAGUCACCGGCUAAAAGGUCAAGUCACCUGGUUUGGUUACGAAAGCCCUCGAAGCUUCUGGGACUAUAUCAGAGUGGCCUGCCGGAAAGUCUCACAAAACUGUAUCUGCAGCAUUGAAAACAUGGAAAAUGUCAGUUCCUCCAGAGCUAAGGGUAGAGCCUGGAUCAGAGUAGCACUCAUGGAAAAACAUUUGUCUGAAUACAUCUCUACAGCUUUGAGAGACUUCAAAACAACCAGGAGGUUUUAUGAAGAUGGAGCCAUUGUCUUGGGUGAAGAAGCAAACAUGCUUGCCGGCAUGCUACUUGGACUCAAUGCUAUUGACUUCAGCUUCUGCCUAAAGGGAGAAGGAUUGGAUGGCACCUUCCCUGCUGUAAUAGAUUAUACACCAUAUUUGAAGUUUGAACAAAGUUCUGAUAGCAUUAGCAGUGAUGAGGAGGAGCUCAGGACUUUCGGGAGCAGUGACAGUGACAGCAGCACUCCAGAGAAUGUGGGGCCACCUCUUAUCAUGGAUGAGAACAGCUGGUUCAACAAGUGCAAGAGAGUAAGGCAAAAAUAUCAGCUCACCCUGGAGCAGAAGGGUUAUCUUGAAGAACUCUUAAGGCUUCGUGAGAACCAACUUUCUGAAUCUGUCUCUCAGAAUAAAAUACUACUUCAGAGGAUCGAAGAUUCUGAUCUGGCCCACAAGUUGGAGAAAGAGCAGUUAGAAUAUAUCAUUGUGGAGCUUCAAGAUCAGCUGACUGUGCUAAAGAAUAAUGAUUUAAGAUCAAGACAAGAGUUAACUGCCCACCUCACCAACCAGUGGCCUUCCCCAGGAGCUCUGGAUGUCAAUGCUGUUGCCUUGGAUACCUUGCUUUACCGAAAACACAAUAAGCAGUGGUAUGAUAAAAGUUACCAAAGCCUCGACCAGUUAUCAGCAGAAGUCAGCCUUUCUCAGGCCUCGCUGGACCCCAGCCACUCACAGGAAGGAGAUGGGAAACAAGAGUCUUUGAAUUUCAUCAGUGAAGGUAAAGAAGACACCCCCUCACUGCUUGGUCUUUGUGGGUCACUGACAUCGGUGGCAAGUUACAAGUCCCUAACAAGCCUAAAGUCCAAUGACUGCCUUGCAAGCCCCACCACGGACAUGACAAGUCCAGGCCUGACUCCAUCCUGAAAGACAAAUGAAAACCCAAAGUUUCUGUAUUGUAAAUAUUCUGUUUACAUAAGUUUGGCUGCUGGAGAGAUCUUUGAAAUUUUAUAUUCGGGUACAUACGUGGCGUUUUUGUUGUUUGGAGAUUUCGGUCCAGGCCAUGUAAAGUUCUGGGGGAAAAGCAUAGUAGUCCUGCUAUUUUUCUUUUCUAAAAUCUUACAUUUGUCUUUGAGGAUGUUUAAAAUUGAAUAGGCUUUGAAAAAAAAUAUCUCACAAAGAUUGUCUGAAUCCAUUAUAAACUGUACAUAGUUGUUAUUCAACUGAUUUUUAUAUAUUUGUUUAAAUGUGUCUUGGUGUCCAGAGACUGGGUCCAGGUUUUAUUCCAGAGACUUAAGCUUAGUGAUUUUUUUUUAAUUCCUUUAUUUGGUGGUUACAUUUGCACAAAAGACAACUAAAUAAUUUCAUUAAGAACUUUCUGAGCUCUGAUGUCACAUGCUCGUAAGGGGGAAGGCUCUCAGCUGCAGCAGCAAGCACAGUGGCUAUUUUAGUUCUCCUUCUGUUGUUUAUCAUUUGCUACCAACUUUUAGCAUUUCAUAAUAAAUUUUGUAGAAAUGUGCCUUUUUAGGCAGUUGCUGACUUAAUUUGUAGAGUAUGCAGAAAAAGCAUUUUAUAUCUAAGAACAUGAACACAUUUCUUAGACUUAUUUUCCCAAAAUUUUCUUUUAAAAUUAUCAGUUUUAAAAUGUUGAUCAAGUGUGCCUGAGAAGUUGGAAACAGUUCAAAAUAGAGAGCAAGUGUUGGAAAUGUGUUACUUACACCAGAAGUUUCAAGUUUAAUUAAGGAUUCGAGAAGCUCUUACAUGAAGAACUCCUGAGUAACCAGCAUAUCUGAGUGUGAAUAUAUGCCUGAGCUACAGUGCUAUUUUUUUUCUGUGUGUGCAACAAUGAAUUAUAUCUGGAUGUCUCCCAGACAUUCCCAUUACGCCGUGACCUCAUUUAACAAACUGAUCUUAGUGUUUAAAAAACCCUGUACUUCCACAGGAAAGCUGGUUUUCUUUAAAUAGCCAUGUCUCAAAGCUUUUUGCAUCAUUUGAAACAGCUACACGUGUCCCUAAAAAUUCCACCAUAUUGAAUAUGAAAAUGUAGGAUGUAUGUUUUCGAUAGUGAGUGAUCUGAGGAAAACAGGUGUGCCAAAGAAGUUUUAUAUGUUGUUUACAUGAAGAGGUCACAAUACUUACUGGGGACUUCAUGCGGUAGUUUUGCUUUUAAAUUUUUAUGUUUAAACCUAGAAGCUGUGACAUGUAGGAAGUGUAUUCCUCCUAAAACAGCUGCCCGAGGGGCGCUGAACUCACUCGUUCAUUCCUUGUGUCCAAAGUAGGGGUGGAAGGUUCUCAGAAAUGCUUGGAGCUUAGCCUCAUGAUGCAGAAUAUAAUCACUAAUAGUGUGACCAGUCUUACAUGCGAGGCAAUGCAGAGAGUCAGUUCAGGGAUGAAGGGGGCCUGGGGGUUUGUGGUGGAUGUAGCACUGAAUGGGUUGCAACAUACUGAGAACUUUUCCCUGUAGCUGAAGUAUUAAAGAUGAAGGCUUUAAUACUUGUACAAAUGCGUACAUUCUUGAGAAAUAGCACCUCCAACCUCCCUGAAUUAUGUACACCGUAUUUAGAAUACAGUGCCCAAAGCCACUUUUAUUUAGUGUGAGGGAUGGCAAAUGAAGAGAGUGGGGCCUGCAGGAGGAUCCAUGAGGAAAUAGGAUCAGGAGAACUUCAGGAAUUUUUACACUGAUCAUGGGAGCCUCUACCUUCCUAAGAACUAUCAAACUGUUUAAUGCUUUAUCAUCCUGACCUGCUCUCGCCUGACAUAUAUGAUUCUUUCAUCUAUUAAAACCUUAUUAGGAUCUUUUCAUACAUUUUUAUAAAGUAGAGGGGAAUACAGGAUUCCCUUAUUGGUACACUUUUUCAAAUUUGUCUGACAGAAACACUAGUUCGUGCACGUAUCCCUGCUGAAAACCGCAGACUGAGAAAUGACACCGGAGAAUCAUGGCUUUCCCUCCAUACUUGGAGCUCUUGACAUAAAAUUCACCUGCCACUAUGAAAUCCAGGUGUCUACAGUUCAUUUAAAACUUGACACAGUUUGUAAACGUUUGCAUGAGUAAAUAGUGUAUGUCUCGGUCUUUCAUUUUCAGUGGUAGUGUUUAUUUUUCAGAAUCCCACAAAGAAUGCUGGCUUCUGUCUAUCCUUCCAUGUGUAUUUUGUUGCCUUGAUGUACUAUAAUUGUUGCAUGUAUAUUAAAGAUUUUUUUUAACCAUCCA